AUGGCCGCACCUCCACCAACGGUUGAGGAAUGUUGCGACUGGGUGUACGAACACUGUGCAACCUUUGACGAUCCUGACAACGACGACCGUAAUGUACAAGUAGCUCUUGACAGUGUUGCAAUUCUCGUCAAUGCUUUGGACGCGCCCGCCAGUGUCGUGUCUCGUCUCAAGGAUCGAAUCAAGUCGUUGAAACAAAGCGUAUCUUCAUCACCUGAUCAAGUCAAACAAGUGGUCAAGCACAUCCAGGAGAUAUGUGACGAAUGUAAAUCUCAUAUUGCAGCAACACCUUCAUACAUUCAAUCGCAUCGUGAUGAAUUUCAUAUCGAACGACCAAAGAUCCUACCCAAUCGCGCUGUCGCUGAUUAUGCGUCCAUGUGGCCUGAUCAAUUGGAUAAUCGAGCUUAUUGGUUCCGACAAUACUUUGUGGGCAAGCCGUAUAUUACACUUGUGGGCAUGGAUCAAGAUAUCAUCAUAUCGAUUGUGAGAGAACGUACCAGCAACAGUGGAUACAAUCAUAGAGUCAUCUACAGGGAGAAAAAGGCCACACUCUAUAGUAUUGUUGGCGAGAACGUUGCCAGGGAAACGGAGACUGAUCUGGAGGUACAUGGACAAGGUCAUCUAUUGGAUCAUGCUACGCUUAUUACGGAUCCCAAGGGGCGACGUCGACCUUUGCGCAGUAUCUCAUCCGCCAUCAUUUCAACACAACAUCAACAUCCUACUUCUCCAAGUACACGUACCAUGCGUGCUGCCGUCAAAUCCGUACAUUCAACAUUGGACAUGCGUGAUUUUCGUGAAAUGUCAGCCCAAGCUACCAUUCUAUCAGGAUUGGAAAAGGAUUUAUUGAGAUUUGAUGAAAACGAGAUCCCUCGAUGCUACAAGUUUGGUGUGCUUUCAGUGCAUGAUGGGCAAACAACCGAAGAAGAGUGGUUCGGCAAUUCGCAACUAUCUGAAUCGCUGGAACGAUUUCUCCACAUCAUGGGCAAACCCGUUGAACUCUGUGGCUAUAAAGGAUAUUCAGCUGGACUGGAUACAAAAUCAGGAGAAUCGGGUGAAACGUCGUUUGCAUCAUCAUGGCGCGACUGCGAGAUCAUGUUUCAUGUGGCUCCGUUGAUGCCUUUGAGGGAAAAUGACAAGCAACAAGUUCAUCGUAAGCGAUACAUCGGCAAUGAUAUUGUUUGCAUUGUGUUUGUGGAAGGAAAAACGGCAAAGUUCGACCCAGACGUGAUACGAUCUCAGUUUUUGCAUGUGUAUAUUGUUAUUCAUCCUGAAGGGAAAAAUGCAUGGAGGGUCCAAGUAGCAACGAAAAAGAAUGUAAUGGAUUUCACCCCUAUGCUUUCCAGCCCCUCCGUUAUCCGUGAUGAAGAUGAAUUACGUGCAUUUCUCCUUUUGAAAAUGAUCAACGCGGAGAAUGCGGCAUUGAAAUCCGACAGCUUUACUUUACCCAAUCUUCGGGCGAGAGAAGGAGCUCUCAAGGCACAUAGCACCAUGGCACAUCAAUUUUCAGAAACCCGACCUAGAUUUGAAGAGGAGGUGAAACGCACCGAACGACCAAAAUCCGCUGGAGCGCAACGUAUCUCACGUGGCAGUAUGCGUAGCCUACGUUCUGCACUCGUUGAUAAUCGUCCCAUUACACCUGAUUUACCACCGCCGCCUGUGCCCAUAUCAUCACGUUCAAGCUUGUUGAGGGAUUGGAAAAAUUUGACUCGUCGAAGAAGUAGUGGUGGACCUACGCUUGCUAGUAGUAGCAGUAACCAUAACAACAACGGCAGCAGUGGCACCGCGUCGCCUAGCAGCAGUCGUGGACCCUCACCACUUUUGAUGCAUUCACAACAACAACGUCCAAUUUUACUUGAGGAUACCAAAGCAACAACCUUGUCUUCGUCACCAGCCGAAGACAGCGACUCAUCCGUCCACAUUGUUGAACAAGCGAGACACAAGAAUAUACCACGGACCACAACAGGAGAUGAAGGCAGCAACAACAACAACAGCAUCAAAUCCAAAGCACAUCAUCUAGUGAAUAGCGUCAUUGGUCGUCGUAACGUUCCUCCCAUUAUUCGCUCAAAGACCUUUAUGAUGGAUCACCCGGCAAAGUUGAUUCAACAAGGCACCCAUGAUCGACAUGACAAAUGA